AUGCCUAUACAAAAUUUGCAUCAACGUGCCAGCGGUCACUUGAUAAGUGCCGCUGGUGCGAUGUGUGACAGGACUGGCUAUGGAAGUACCAUGGGUCACUUCCCCAUGGGCCACAUGUCAGCUAUGGGGGCCAUUGGCACUAUGGGUGCAAUAUCCGCCAUGAACGGCCAAUCACACCAGAAAAAAUCCCAAGAAGAACACAUAAAACGGCCCAUGAAUGCUUUCAUGGUAUGGUCGAGGCUUCAAAGGCGGAAAAUUGCGCAGGAUAACCCGAAGAUGCACAAUUCGGAGAUUUCCAAACGAUUGGGUGCCGAAUGGAAGCUUCUAACAGAAGAUGAGAAGAGGCCGUUCAUCGAUGAAGCCAAACGGCUACGGGCUAUGCAUAUGAAGGAGCACCCCGACUACAAAUAUCGGCCGAGACGGAAACCCAAGACGUUAAGAAAGGAAGGCUACCCUUACUCCAUACCAUAUCCCAGUGUACCCAUGGACGCUUUGAGGGCUGGUAUGGCCGGAGGAGGCAUGACACAGGCUAUGGGAGGCUAUUAUGGUGCAGCGUAUGGGCCACUCGGCGCGAGCAUGGCGGCUGCGGCGGCUGCCGCUGCACAACAAAAUGCUAUAUCUGCCGCUUUGACACCUAAUGCUCAGGUCGGUUCUUCAAUGGACAUGUCGAAAUAUUCAAUCGAGGAUAAAUAUAGGAGCUACAGCAUGUAUCCUGACCCGUCACGAGGAUAUCUAGAUUCAGCUGCACUUUCUAAAGCGUAUAUGUAUAUGGAUCAACAACAGCAACGCUCUUACCCCAUGGAUAUUAGCAAGAUGUACUCUGAAGCAUCAGUGGCUAUGGCAGGUUUGACUUCCACUGUGAAUUCAGCAUCCAGCCUCUCUCCUAGAUCUCCGGCGGAAUCUCCCGACACACAGAAGACACAAGAUCGCGUAGAAGGCAGUUCCUCAUCAGGAUCGAACCCAUCACCCUCCUUACCCUACUACCAGUCCUCGUCCAGUCUCCUCAUGCCACAGUACCCUGGCCAGUACCCACAGAACACGCAAGGUGGGCCAGAGUUUAGAAGACCAUUAACAGUCAUAUUC